AUGGAAAAUGUUUCAGCCGAUGUACCUGUUCUCAUAGUAGGCGGAGGGCCCACGGGUCUGUUCACAGCAUACAUGCUCUCCAAGCACGGAGUCAAAUCACUACUCAUCGAAAAGUAUCCUCAACGCCUGGCUGCACCAAAAGCUCAUGCCUUGCUCGGAAGUCCCCGCGAUGAUGCCUUUUGGGUUAAUUUUCUCACCAAUCUCAGCGGUGAGAGGAUUGGGUACUUACCAUAUGAGAGAAUGGACGCAGAGGUCUUGGAAAAUACACCCGAGAUGAUACACAAUGUGCCUCAGCCAGAUUUUGAGAGAUUCGUUGCCGAGCAGUUAGUAUUUGAUUCGAAUGUUGAGCUUCGAAAAGGAAUUGCUUUUGUGUGUUGCAAACAACAUGGAGACAAAGUCGUCACAACAGUUGAAGAACGUUCAUCAAAAAAGCGUUGGAAUAUCACUUCGAAUUUUGUAAUUGCAUGUGACGGGGCAAAGAGCCAAGUUCGCAAGUCUCUAAAUAUUCAGACUGAGGGCGAGGACGGUUAUGAGACCAUGAUGACAAUUCAUUUCAAUGCAGAUCUUAGACCUGUGGUGAGAGAACGAGUUGGCAUGUUGCACUGGGUCAUGGAUCCAGCUUGUUCCGGGCUCAUAAUCGCAUACGAUCUUGGUGGAAACCAAGUGCUGAUCAGCAACUUCGAUCCGAAAAAGCAUCCCGCUGAGGCAUGGAGCGAGGAACUUGCCCGCGCCACGGUUACAGCCGCGAUAGGGCAAGACAUUCCAUUCAAAGUACUGAGCUUCAGGCCGUGGGUGCUGAGCCGAAAAGUAGCGAAAGAGUACAGACGAGGAAACACAUUUUUACUAGGCGAUGCUGCGCACUCCUUCCCACCUACGGGAGGUCUCGGUCUCAACUCCGGGCUGGCCGAUGCCCACAAUUUGGUUUACAAAAUUGCAGCGGUAUAUCAAGGAUGGGCCAAGCCUUCUCUUCUCGACACUUAUGAAGCCGAGCGACAGCCGAUUGCCCUGGUCGCCUCCUCUCAGAGUGUCGAAAACGGGAAGACUGUAUUUUCCUUUCUCAAAGCCAUCGGCACCGCUGAUAUCGAUGACGUCGAAGAGGCCAGGCGGAACAUGUACAGAACGAUACGUGACCCUGCGAAGCAAGACUUGAUCGCUGAACGCGUCGAAGGUCAGCGGGAGCAUUUUGAUAACCUUGAGAUACAUAUCGGUUACGUUUAUGGCGAUGCUAGACCUCCAGCGAAUGCUUCACACUACACACCAAAAUUCAAAGUCGGCGCCCGGUUACCUCAUGCCUGGAUCAACAUUCUCACCCCAAACGAUCGUCUUCCUCAAAAGUGCAUCGACACAUCAUAUGUCAAAGAACUCUCAAAGGACCAGGUGCUCGCUCGCCAGUUCUCAAUGCUCGAUCUUGUUGUCCCAGGUGGCUUCAGUCUCAUCGUCGAGUGCCGUGAUCUGUGGAUUCAGCGGUUCAAGGAAUUCGAAGAGGCACUAUCAGGAAGAAUCGGCCGCAGGUUGUACUUUUGGGCUGAGGGCACUGACUUCGAGUUCUCCAAUGAGUGUCAUCGCAGGCUGUUUCACAAACAGGGCCGGCUGGCCCAGGGAGGCGCCCUGCUGGUGAGGCCGGAUCAACACUUGCUGGGAUGUUUGGGACCUGAGGCUUCGGCGCAUGAUUUGAUAUCCCUUGUCAUGAACCACUUGGGUUUUAAGGAAUAG